AGUUAGGCCAUAGUGUCGUUGUGAUCUCGAAAAGGACAUCUUACGAGUGUCGAUUGAAUUUCGAUUCAAUCAUCCGAUCUUUAAUUUUUGUUUUUAUUAAAAUAAAAAUAUUAUUUAAAUAAGAAUAAAUUAAAAAGUAUAGUGGUGUAAAAUAAUUAAUAAAGUAAAAGAAUUCAAGUCUAGCGAGUAGAAAAAAAUAGUUUAUUACAGUAUUGGUAAGGGUGGUAGCAGUGAUGCUGGUGGUGGGAGAAAAGAUCGUACAGCCUGCUCGCGCUCGCGGCAGAAUGAAAAUGGCGUUGUUCAUUUGUGAACGAAGUAACGGACAUUGACUAUGUAACGCACUUAUUUUUUUUCUCUUUUCGCUAAUAUUCGUAUCCUCGUCAUAUUGUUGUAUAUUCGCCGCCUUUCGUGUUCUUAUAUUUAAAUCGUUGUAAUUACGUUAUAAAUAGGUGAAGAACGAACUAAAUAUACGAGAAAUCAAAUCGAAUAGAUACGAGUUAUAUUCAAGAAAUUAGAUAUAGACGAUACACGUAUAUAUUAUAUAUAUAUAUGAUAUAUAAGUCGCAUAUAUAUAUAUAUAUAUAUGUAUAUAUAUGUAAUACAUUGAAAGAAGAAGGAAAAAGGAGGGAGAUAGAGUAAAGAGAGUUGAAACUGUGCGCGCGUGCGGCGUUGUUUCCUUUGCUCAGUUCUUCCGCGUGCGUCGUCGUCGUCGUCGUCAUCAUCAUCAUCACCACCGUCAUCUUCAUCACCGUCGUCGUCGCCGUUGCUGCCGUCGUCGCCGUCAUCGUCAUUUACUAGAGGUGGAGGUGGAAAAGGGGCAAGAGUAAAAGAAGAUCAAGAGGAGAAGAGAAGAGAAGGAAGAAGAAGAGGUUGAAGAAGUGGGGGAAGAGGUGGCGAAGAGGAGAAGGGAGGAAGAGUAGAGUAGUCUCCUGGUCGCUUUCGGACUCGUCGCGUCGAGAGUGGCAGUGCUGUAGUGAGCCAGCUGCUGGUAAAGAAGCGCGCGGUACUCGUGUAAUGUGAGAGAUAAAGAUAGAGAUAGAGACACAUACACAGAAAAAGAAAAGGGACGAAGGGGGACAAAGGGAGAGAGAGAAAGAGAGAGGGAGAGAGAGAGAGAGAGACAAAUACAGAACCUCUACAUAAGACUGGAAAGAAGAAAAAUAAGAAAAAAAGAAUAAUAAGUAGCGUGCGCGAGAGAGAAGAAAGAGACAACAAACACGAUGAAGUGACACCGCGACGUGAUUAAAUUUUCGUGGACUGGUGGAAAAUAAGUGAUUCUGGGGGGCCGAUAAAUUCGCGUCAUUGAAGGACGAGUUCGUGCCGAUGCCGGCCGAAUACCGAGAGAACCACGAGAACGCCAAUUUUCCUGUUGGGGCUGGACAGGACGCCAGCAACAUGACGGCCAACAUGUACCGAGUGGGAGAUUAUGUAUAUUUUGAAACAUCUUCCACUUCUCCUUACCAAAUAAGAAGGAUAGAAGAGUUAAAUAAGACUCCAAAUGGAAACGUUGAAGCAAAAGUCAUGUGUUUUUUUAGGCGGAGGGAUUUACCCUCUACUUUAAUAGUAUUAGCAGAUAAACAUCAGUUGGCAAGUGCGGAGCAGCAAAGGUCAGAAUCUCCUGCAAGCACACAGAGUACGAAACUGGAGAAUCCAGAUUCUACUAAGGAAAUCACUAAUAAAGAUGGGAUUGGCCCAAAAGUGAUGAACAAAGGGGGCGGGAAAGGGGGCUGGCUGAAGGCCCCGCUAUCGGAGGCCCAAGAGCCCCAUGGCAUGGAAGAAACUGUAGUAGGACCUGGAGGAGUAAUGGAACUAAGUACUAAACAACGUCAUCAAAUGAAGCAUAGAGAACUUUUUUUAUCUCGACAAGUGGAAACAAUGCCUGCCACACAUAUAAGAGGCAAAUGCUGUGUGACUUUAUUGAAUGAAACAGAAUCGUUAUUAAGUUAUCUAAAUAAAGAAGAUUCCUUCUUUUACUGCUUAGUUUUUGAUCCAGCUCAACGUACUUUAUUAGCAGAUAAAGGUGAAAUUAGAGUAGGAAGUAGAUAUCAAGCCGAUGGAAUAGCACCGGCACCUUUAACACCUACUGAAAGAGAAGCAGAUCCUCGCAGAUUACAAGAAUUAGAGACAUUAGUCUGGACGCCACGUCAUUCAUUGACAGAUCGUCAAAUUGAUCAAUUUCUUGUUGUUAGUCGAUCUGUUGGUACUUUUGCUAGAGCUCUUGAUUGCUCUUCAUCAGUCAAACAACCCUCUUUACAUAUGUCCGCAGCUGCUGCAUCCAGAGAUAUUACUCUAUUUCAUGCAAUGGAUACUUUACAUCGACACAAGUAUAAUGUAGCUGAAGCAAUGUCAUCAUUAGUGCCUAGUACCGGUCCGGUAUUAUGCAGAGAUGAAAUGGAGGAAUGGAGUGCUUCAGAAGCAAAUUUGUUUGAAGAAGCUCUUGAUAAAUAUGGAAAGGAUUUCUCUGAUAUACGUCAAGACUUUUUACCUUGGAAAACAUUGAAAAAUGUAAUUGAAUAUUAUUAUAUGUGGAAAACGACCGAUCGUUAUGUACAACAGAAAAGGGUAAAGGCUGUAGAAGCAGAAAGUAAAUUAAAACAAGUUUAUAUACCAAAUUAUAAUAAAACACCAGUACCUUCGUCUACGGCAUCUGGAACUACGAUUGUUCCUUUGGGAAAUGCUAAUAAUUCUAAUGGAAAACCAACUAAUAUAUUAAAUGGCAAUAGUAACGGCAAUAUGGCAACUGAUAAUACUGGUAUGCUUAUGGUUGGUGUUGGUGGAAAACCAUGUGAAAGUUGUCAAGGCAUGCAAAGUUCGCAAUGGUAUGCUUGGGGCCCAUCACACAUGCAGUGUCGUGUAUGCCAUUCGUGCUGGAUGUAUUGGAAAAAAUAUGGUGGACUAAAGACUCCAUCUCGUAUGGAUGAUGUAGAUUUAGAACGAAAAAGAGGUGGUGCUGGAUCUGACGAAGAAAGUAAAGGAAUUGGUGGUGCUCAUAGACCGCAUCGUUGCAGCAUUCCUUCUUGUGGUAAAGAAUUUAAACUGAAGGCUCACCUAAGCCGACAUUAUGCCAGUGCUCAUGGUGUUGAUUUAAGAAGCGGAGCAAGUGGGGGUGGUGGCAGUGGUUCACCACGGCCUGUUAUGAAAACUCGUUCAGCAUUUUACUUACGUACACCGGCAUUAGCGCGAGCUGCUCGUCGACUUUGCGCUGCGCAGUUGCGUACGCGUCACGCUGCCAGAGCACCUCAUCAACCAGUGAAUCCGGCUCCAUUACGGCACUAUUGUUCAUCCCCUCAAUUAACUUCAAAAUCUCCUUCUGAAUUGCGCAUGUUAGCGCGUGCAUCUCGACCCAGACCUCGUCCACGUGUUACUGAUAUAGCCACGCGUUUAGGUGAUCAUCCUUCUCCAAGACAACCAGGCGAUUGGGAUUGGUUAACACUUACGGCACCAGCACAACGUAAACAACCAGAUCGUGUUUCGUUUCCUCGUCCUCCUAAAGCACCUGAUGGUAGUCUUUUAUAUGAAAGAGUACCAAAUAAACCAGAAGUAGACAGACUUACAUUAACUCCUCCUCAAGUACAGCCUGCUAUGCAAGCUCAACAAACUAUAUUGAAACGCACAAGGCCUCCAUUUGAUGAAAUCAAUGGUUCGGAUGGCUACUACUCUGAUGUGGAUUGGGACGAAGGUAUUUCCCUAAACCCAGGGCUCUCCAGUGGUCCAACACCUCCCAAAAGGGCUCAUCAUUCUCAACAGUUACAUCCAAAACAUACUUUGGAACAUACUGCUCCUGCAGUUCUUCCAUUAGCACCGCCGCUUAAUGGAAGACCUGUACCUCCGAAUUCUUUAUCACUUGGUCCACCAAUAUCUAGAAGUAAUGCUCGCAAACAAGUCAUUUCCUGGAUGGAUGCACCAGAUGAUGUUUAUUUCCGUGCUUCAGACCAGACAAAACGAAUUAGAAGAACUUUGUCAUCGGUGGAGUUACGAAGAGCAGCUCGUAAACCAUGGCGUAGAUUACCGGCACCUUUACAUGCACCUCAUUCUCAAAGAACGGUACGUGGAGAUGACAUGGUCGUCAUACUCGACUGAAUCGGUAAUGUGAACGUUUAAGCAGCUGAUUCUUAAUAAGUAUCCGCUGUUAUUGGGAUUAUUGUGUCAUCGGUAUACUUCAGUGCCAGGGUGACGGCUGUUGUUAAGACUGCAGCUAUAAAAAGCGUAUUAUCAUUGAGAACAACUUUGAAAUUGAUAAGAAAAUAUAAUUAACUGAGAGAUCUAAUGCUUGCUAUAGUGGCUGGCAUUAGUCGAAUCCCGUUAAAUAAAACAGCGAGUCGUCGAAAAACUGAAGGCCUCACUUAUCCGAACCUGCAUGUUGCACUGAACAUUACCAAUCAUAACUUCACAUGUAAGGACGAAAGAUGAGUAAAAUUAAUGAAGUUAAAUGUUCUUCAUUGAACUUUAAAAGAAAAAAAAUUAAAAUAAAAGUAAAAGUAAAAUAAAACAAUUAAAAAUGGUAUAAACAAAAAAAAUCGUAAAACUAAAAAAAGGUAAAAUAAUUGCAAGUAAACAAAAAAAAAAUCCAAGUCAUUCGAAUGAAACAUGAUUUUCUAUUCGUAUUAAUUAUUGUUGUUAUUAAUAAUAAUUAUUAAUAAUUGAAUGUACAUAUAAAUCAUACACCAUUCAUACAGCAUAGCCAGGCAACAACAACAACAACAACAACAAAUUAAAAACUUGUCCUGAUCCGUUGGACACAACUUCAAUGUUGGAUAAAAAAAAAUUGGCUCAUAUACACGCGC